AGAUUCAUACGGGCAGAAAGCAAAAGUACGGAGAGCCAGCAACUGUGGCAAAUGGCUUGAGGAUCUUUCUUGUGAUCUUCACUUGAAGUCAUCUGUGCUGUGAAAUAAUGUUACAUGCCAUUAACCUGAAGACACGCAGGGGGAACAUACAAUGUGGAAGGGCUCUUUCAACUGUCAAGGUUUAAAUCGUCGGGGAAACAUUAUUUGACCGAGAUAUUGAGAUUGUCGAUGGAAACGAGCAGCUUUCUUCUCUACCCGGUGCCGCCUAACGCAACCAAGUCACAGGGGAGCAGCUGGAGAGAAUCAGAGGCUUGACAGUCAUCCCAGGACGAGGACUUGUGAUCGGACUCGGGGGACAGAGAGAGCGAGGAGCUUUUCUUUUCCCGCAAUUGCAGUCCAUUUGGAGGACUACAAAAUCAGCAGCAGCACGCCGUGUCACAUGAGGACAUGGUCUGAUGUUGUCUAAAUAUUUAACGUUUGAAUGCUGAAAUAAUUGGGGCAGAGCCGCCUCUUUAAUCUCAUGAAUGCCGGAGUGUUUUGAAGCACGGAAAAGGAGGACCCCUCAUUAAAUAGGAAGCUUUAGUAGGCAGAGUAGAACAUGGGCGUCGGGGCCCACACAGUGACUACUGUCCCAGCUCCGAGGGCCCGAUGAGGGGCCCCAGCCCGAGUCCUCUCAGGGGCCGGCACUUCCACUGCCGGGAAUGGGCCCUGGAGAAGCUGCGGCGGUGCCUGGACGCCCGGGGAGACGGCGGCGGCGGUGGUGGCGAGGGCCGGGCAGCGGCGGGCGUGCUGAUCACGGGGGGCCCCGGGGCGGGCAAGACGGCGCUCUGCACCGAGACGGUGUGGCCGCAGUCGGACGCCGGCCGAGCCUCGGCGCUGGCGCCGCGCUGCCUGGCGUGGCACUUCUGCCAGCGGGAGGACGAGGCCAGCGUGGCCGUCUGGAGGUUCGUCCUGAGCCUGGUGGAGCAGAUGAGGAGCAGUCCGCUGCUGCCCCCCGCGUACGGCUACCUGCUGGGCAGCCCUGACAUCGCUCCCACGCUGGAACCUUUACACUGCCAGCGGGAUCCAGACGACACAUUCAGAAGGGCAGUGCUUGAGCCGUUGGCGGAGCUCCCGCGGCCGGUCCAAAGCGUGUAUGUGCUGGUGGACUCGCUGGACUCUGGCUAUGGUGCGGGGCUCAGAGAGGGGGUGGCGGCCGCCCCCACGGCGGCCCAGAGCGGCUCCAUCGCCGAGCUGCUCUCCCGCCACCUGCACCUGCUGCCCAGCUGGCUCCUGCUGGUGUGCUCAGCACGCCGCCAGAACAAGAGCAUCUGCAAGAUGUUCUCAGGUUUCCGAAGAUUAUGCAUUGACGACCUGCGGAAGCCGCCCACCGUGCGCGACGUCCAGCAGUACAUCCUGCGGCGGCUGGACCAGGAGGGUCCGCUGCGGCGUCAGCUGACCCCCGACACGGCGGACAUGCUCAACCUGCUGCACAUCAAGAGCGGCGGCUGCUUCCUGUUCCUGCAGCGCGUGCUGGACGGCGUGGCGGCCGGCCUGGUUGGCCUGCGCGAGAUCCGCGACAUCCCGGGCACGCUCAACGGCCUCUACCUGUGGCUCUGCCAGCGCCUCUUCCCGCGCCGGCUCUUCGCGCUGGUCCGGCCGCUCCUCAACGCCCUGCUGGCCUCGCCGCGGCCGCUGACCCCCGUCCAGCUCUACGCCGUGGUGUGGACGCAGAACGCCGGCCUCCGGCUGGACGACUUCCAGGCGCAGCUGAGCGCCCUGUCCUCGCUCCUCAUCGACGGUCCGGGCGGGAGCAAGCUGUUGUUCCACAGCAGCUUCGCCGAGUGGCUGACCGACGUCAAGUACUGCACGCAGAAGUACCUGUGCAGCGUCCAGGAGGGUCACCUCAUGCUGGCCAUGGCCCUGUCCGUCCAGGCCAAGAGCUUGUCCACCGAGGAGACCUGUCUGUUGGGCUACCACCUGGUCAGCUGUGGGGUCCACGCCAACGACACUGCUCUGUUGGCGCUGUGGAUGGUGUGGACCGGGGUGCCAUCCCUGGGCAGUGCCAUGGAGGACGGCUGUGACGGGCACAUGGGAGGAGACUCACUUGGUCCUCCGUCCUCCGUGUCUCGUACGCCAGUGGUCAUCCAACAGGACGUCCUGCAGCUUCUGAUGAAGAGCGGCGUCUACCCCCCGACCUGCUCGCCGGACAACGGGCCCAGCGUCGGGGUGCACUGCGCGGGCAGCGGCAGCGGGAUCGUGCGGAGAGCCCUCCAGCGAGAGGACUCCGUUCGGGCGCUGCUGGACACUGGGGUCAGCGUGAACCGGACCGACCCCUCCGACGGACGCACUCUGCUGGCGACGGCGGCCCACGCCGGCUCGUCCAACGUCGUGGCUCUCCUGCUGUGCCGCGGGGCCGACCCGCUCCUGAGUGACCACCAGGGCCAGACGCCGCUGACCCUCGCUGCCCGGCAAGGACACGUGGGCGUCCUGCAGGUCCUGCUGGACUGGGCGCACGAGCAGCACGGCCUGGAGGCGACGGCGGCGUCGGCGCGGAACAUGCUAGAACACUCGGACACCGAGGGCUGGACGGCGCUGCGGUCGGCCGCCUGGGGGGGCCACGUGGAGGCGGUCAGCCUCCUGCUGGAGGCCGGCGCGGAGGUGGACGGCUGCGACGCGGAGGGACGGACGGGCCUGCGGGCGGCGGCCUGGGGCGGCCACGAGGAGAUCCUGCUGACCCUGCUGCAGCACGGGGCGCGGGUGGACCGAGCUGACCGCGAGGGCCGCACGCCGCUCAUCGCCGCCGCCUUCAUGGGCCACCGCGAGGCCGUGGAGAUCCUGCUGGACGCCGGGGCCGAGGUGGACCUGGCGGACGGAGACGGGAGGACGGCGCUGUCGGUGGCCGCGCUGUGCGCUCCGGGCGGCGGCGGACGGGGCUACGGGGAGGUGGUCAGCCUGCUGCUGGACCGAGGGGCCGAGCCGGCGCACAGGGACCGCGACGGGAUGACCCCUCUGCUGCUGGCCGCCUACGAGGGUCACGAGGAGGCGCUGGAGCUGCUGCUGGAGGCCGGCGCCGACGUGGACGAGACGGCCGGCGCGCUGCCCACCGCGGUGGCCGCCGUGACCCCUCUCCUGGCCGCCGCGUCCAUGGGCCACGCCGGGGCGGUCAACCGCGUGUUGUUCUGGGGCGCGGCGGUGGACGCCAUCGACGGGGAGGGCCGCACGGCCCUGUGCCUGGCCGCCGCCCACGGCAACCUGGAGGUGGUGCGCGCCCUGCUGGACCGCGGCCUGGACGAGAACCACAAGGACGACCUGGGCUGGACGCCGCUGCACGCCGCCGCCUGCGAGGGCCACCGCUCCGUGUGCGCCGCGCUGACCGAGAGGGGCAGCAUGGCGCGCGUGGGCGAGCUGGACGUGGAGGGCCGCACGCCGCUCGUGCUGGCCGCCCAGGAGGGCCACUGCGGCACCGUCCGGCUCCUGCUGGACCGCCGCUCGCCCAUCGACCAGCGCGGCUACGACGGCCACUCGGCGCUGAGCGCGGCCAUCCUGCAGGGCCACGGCGAGGUGUCCGAGCUGCUGAUGCGGCGCGGGGCCGACACGGACGUCCGAGACGCCGAGGGGAGACCGCUGCUCUACCUGCUCGUGCUCGAGGGGCUGCUGGACAUGGCCGCGCUGCUGCUGGACAAGGGCGGCGUGCCGCUGGAGUCGCGCGACUCGGAGGGCCGCACGGCGCUGCACGUGGCCGCCUGGCAGGGCGACGCCCACGCCACGGCCCUCCUGCUGGACAGAGGGGCCGACGCCAACGCCCGCGACGCCCAGGGCCGGCCGCCGCUGCACUCGGUGGGCUGGAGGGGCCACGUCAAGGCGGGCCGCGUGCUCAUGGAGGCCCGAGGGGUCAUCCUGGACCUGGCCUGCCGCCAGCAGGGGGCCACGGCGCUGUCCAUCGCCGCGCAGGAGGGGCACACCGAGGUGGUGGCCAUGCUGCUGCAGAAGGGCGCCGACCCCGACCACGUGGACUCCUACGGACGCAGUCCGGUGAAAGUGGCGGGCAAGAGGGGUCACUUCGACAUCGUGCGUCUGCUGGAGAGCUACGGGGCCAAGCCCUACCCCGGUCUCCUGCCCCCUGCUCCGAGCGGCCGCCCCGCGCUCUCCCAGACUUCCACGGUCAAGACGCAGUCGUCGGCCAGCUCCGGGAGCACGGGAGACGGCCGAGGGGGCGUCGUCGCAGCGGCCGGACACUCGUACGCGGCGUCCUCUCCGUCGGCGUCCUGCUCGCCGGCCUCCACCGCCGAGCGCUUCCACUCCAUGCAGAGCUCGCAGACGUCCUCGUCCACCUGCCACUCCAUGGCCACGGUGCAGACGGUGCCGGCCGACAGCCUGAGCUUCACGCAGCAGAUCCAGCAGCACUCGCUGCCCCGCUGCCGCAGCCGGCCGUCCACGCUGCCGCCCGCCUCGGGCUCGGCCGCGUCCACCAGCGUCCACGGCAGCGCCAAGAGGAGCCAGAUCAAGACCAGCUGCAAGGCCGGCCCGGUCCCGGUCAGCGCCAACGUGCCGCCGCCGCAGUACUGCCCCACCGGGCUGCUCCUGGACUCCAGCCAGCCUCUGAAGGGGCUCCUGGAGGCGCUGGGCGGCGAGUUCUCGGCCAAGCCCAAACUGCAGACGCUGAUCGGGGACGAGCUGACCGCCAAGGACGCGCCGCACUUUGGCGUCGGCGGCGGGAAGUGGAACUCGGUCAUGGCGUCUCUCGGGGUGACCCCGGGGCAGGACGGCGCCAGCAGACCGGUCAAGAGCAGGGACAGUCCUCCGCUGGGGUACCCCCCGCCACAGCAGAGGGACGCAUGGGAGGCGCCCCACAAAGACAUGUACUCCCAGGACUUCAGCUUUAACUCAGCAAUCUCACCCAGUGCCUUACCUGCCGACGCCAUGGUCACCAUGACCACAACUGACCCACAUCUCAGCCGGAAGCAGGCCAUUAAACUGCAGUUUGAGGGGCCGACUAGUGCAAUGCUGUACAAAAGAGAGACCCCGCUGUGAGGUGGCCAUGGCCUGAUAGCAGUUUGGAGGUAUGGCUAUUGUGUGUCUGUGAAGCAAAAGAUGAGAGGAAAGAGUUUGUCACGCCACCUUCUGACCUCCUUCCUGCCCGAGGAAGAAAUGGAGGAGAGGAAAAGAAGGGGGGAGCGAAGGAGCGCGUUUCAGUUAAAAGUCUGACGUUGUUUACAUUCCACCACUUCCCCUGUGCCUGGACAGUGUGGAGAGCAGCUGUCACCAAAAUGUACACACCAACGCAGGCUGUUGCCUUCAGACAUGCACACAUGCACCCCUUUCACUACACACACACACACACACACACACACACACACACACACACACACACACACACACACACACACACACACACACACACACACACACACACACACACACACACUCACACACUCACACACUUACACUCGUAUCAUUAACAUGCAACAACAGCAAACUCUCUCCCAUCUCCACCCAACUUCCCCAGAAGUCUCAUCACUCAUGGACUCCAGCACUGGGGCUGUUGGGACUCCAGUGACAGGAAACUGCAUGGGACUUCCAAACAUUCUCGCCCGACCCCUCCCACUGCUAGUGUUGGAGCCACCACACUGAAAUGGCCAUAAUCACCACUGUCACAAAGGGCUCGGACUAGACACAUACCACAGAGACAUCCAAGCAAACAAAACAAAACAAACUCUAUCUGCCAACCUCCAGUUUGGGAUUUUGUUCCCCAUGAACCUUUUUUCUUUUUCGUUCUGUUCUGAUGUGUUUUCUUUUUGAAAUAACAAUGAUUCUGUCAUAAUUCACUGAACUCAUGUUUGUAACGUUAAUUUAUGUUCUGGGUGGGUGUCCUGACCCAGAGGCUCUGGUGCUUUCAUCUGAAAGAGGUGGCACUGACCUCUCUAAUUGCGUCUUGAGCAGCGCUCCUCAGCGAGGAGAACACAGCAGACCAGACCAGACGAGAACCAAGCGCACAGCUGAGCAAGCGGACGUGCCCGGCGGCUGCAGGCCCGCGGACCAAGUCCAAACACAGAUGGGGUUUAUGACUCGGAGGGGAGGAGAGGAGAGGGGUGGGGGGGAGCUGAGGCACUCCCAGGGUUGAGGGUAAAGGACCAGGUCAACAGUGGUAAAUUCCACAGCUGAAAGGGUGUGAAAGAAUGAGGCCCAAAUCUACCUAACGUACUUAUUUUAUAAUCUGUAUUCUCAACAUUAUGUUACAAGACUUACCAAGAUAUUUAAAUUAAAAUACAAAUUGUGUUUAACCUUGACUGGACUUGUUUUGCACAUUGUUACAUAAUUGUGUCUGAAAUUCAUAAAGGACUCUUUUGGUCAA